AUGGCAUCGUUCACCGACAAGAUCAAGGCAGCCAUCAAGGGCGACGUCAAGGAGGGGGCCAAGCUCGAGACGGGCAUCAAGCUCAAGGAGAACAACCCUGAGAACGCCGACGUUUCGCUCGACAACCUCACGGGCAAGUCGAUCAUCGUUGGUGUUCCCGGUGCCUUCACUCCCCCUUGCUCGUCGCAGGUGCCUGGCUACAUCCAGCACGCCUCUGAGUUCCAAUCCAAGGGUGUCAACGACAUCUACAUUGUCGCCGUCAACGACCAGUUCACCGUGAAGGCAUGGAAGGAGAAGCUGGGCGGCGACAAAGCUCCCAACGUCCACUUCCUCGCUGACGACACUGGUGCUUUUACCAAGGCGAUCGGUCAAGACUUUGACGCUUCCGGCCUUCUCGGCAACCACCGUUCCAAGCGAUAUGCGUUCGUUGUCGAGGGCGGCGUGGUGCGCAAGGCCUUCGUCGAGGACCACGCUCCCGACGUCACUGUCACUUCGGCUGAGAACGUCCUCAAGGUUGUCUAA